AUGGCAGCUGCCUGUAGCUUCGGGCGGGCCUCGCGGUUCCGCGCCGCCGCAUGGUCUCGGUUCGUGGUGCGCGGUGUGGCGGGGCCGCCCGGGACUGGCCCGACCCUGGGUCCUGACCUAGGGGACUUCGAGCACGACCUGGAUUCGGACUGGGAGCCGGAGCGGGAGCUGCAAGAGAUGGAGAGAGCUCUGAAACAACAGAAGAAAAAGAUUCGAUUCCAGAAAAUCUGCACACAGAUGGAAACCUCAGGUGCCCCACAAAGGGUCCUGACUAGGAAUGCCAUGGAGCAGAUCCGGUAUUUACACAAGGAAUUCUCUGAGGACUGGUCAGUUCCCAAAUUAGCGGAAGGCUUUGGAGUCAGCACUGAUGUGAUCAGAAGGUUUUUAAAGAGUAAGUUUGUUCCCACACUGAAGCAGGAAAUCAAGCAAGAUCAGAAGAUCCUCAGUAAAGCUAGGCUCACCCACCAUCCACAGAAGCAGCUUGCUUUACAAGAGCAUCCACCACUGCCAACCUCUACAGGUCAUCUAGUCUCAGAAUCAAUGCCAGUAUCAGGACGUGAGGCCCUGUCACACCUCUGUCAUAAGGGCCAAAAUUACACUUCAGCUUCGCAGGAAAAAGAGAAGAAUCCUCAGAGUUGGAAAACUCCAAGAAGCCAGGUUAGGGACAAAGUAUCUCAGAUACUGGGGAAGGAGAGGCAUAUGGCUCUAGUUGAAGCCUUGGGUGAUCAUAGAGAAGAGCAGAGCAUAUCGUCUUCACCCAGGAAGCAAAAUCGACCAGAAGGGCCUCACACUGAUGGGCAGCUGAGUAAGGAGGAAGAAGAGGUAGUAAAUGAACCAGAGACAGAUGGCAAGGAAUUUAACAGCAAAGUAUUUCAGAAAGGGAGGGAGUUCUUUGAUAGCACUGGAACCUUUCUUUAUAGGAUUUAA